UUUCAUAUGCCGUUGAGUGCACUACCGAAAGCCUUCGGCCUCGCGGAUGCGGCUGGUUUGAAACAAAAGGGCGUCUUUCCGCAUCUGUUCAAUACACCUGAGAAUCAGCAUUAUAUCGGCCCGUUGCCAGCGCUCGAGUUUUAUUCGCCCGAUACGAUGUCGACGGCUCAGCGUAAUCAGUUUUUGGCAUGGUAUAACGAGCAGCGUUCUACCGGAUACGUAUUUAACUUUCGAACCGAGUUUAUAGAAUACUGUAGAUCGGACGUUACCAUUCUCAGGCAGGCAUGCGUUUCUUUCCGCGAAAUGUUUCUUCAGCAUGGCAACGUUUGCCCUUUCUCGGAGAGUACCACUAUAGCCUCGGCGUGUUCGAAAGUUUUUCGGAAAAACUUUUUGCGGGACGAACAGAUAGCUAUUUUACCGCCGGGUGGGCAUCGAUACAGUGACAAGCAAUCGCGUAAGGCCAUCUUAUGGCUUCUCUCGCUAGAGCAUCGUUUGGGUUGCGCCAUAGUUCACGCGGGGCGCACUCGGGAGUAUCGUCUGCCGGAGGGUACACCCGUCGAUGGUUACUACCUGGACACCGACUCCG